AUGGCAGCGUUUGGCGUCGAGCUUUCCUUUGGUGUUCGGUUAGUUCAAUUUCUUCAGUUUUUAGCCUUUUGACUUUAUUGUUCUUUUUAAAAUAGUUGAUAAAACUCUCAUUGCUUGUAUUCAGGAAUAUACAAUUUCACCCGAGUUUCACCGGAGUGAGAGCUAGCAUCCAAACAUUGCAAUCGAAUGACGACAUUUUUGUUGAGGUUCUUUUCGUAUUUUUUUUAUGCAGCGGUAUUUAUUUUCAGUUGAGCCAAACGGAGCCAGUAUAUGGAAGCACAGACGUUUUUUUCAAUCAUAAAUGUCAGCUGAAUUUUCGAUUCGAGAAGCUUCAACGAGUGAAGAUUUUAGUGUGAGUUUUUGUUCAAAAUGGAGGUAUCUAUGAGAAAAUGGCUAAAAAAGAAAAAAAGGAACUUUCUUUGUGAUUUUCUAGCUUUCUGAAGGUCUAGAUAAAGAGGGAACUUUAAAGACUUGAAUUUUUCAAAAAAAUAUUGAAAAAAAGAUAUUAAAAAGAAAAAAAAGUAUUCGAAUAAUUUAGCUAUUUCAAAAAAACUUCAUUUUUUUACCAUAUUUGGACAAAUUUGAAAAAUUUUUUUCAGUCGUUUAAACAUUUUCUGUGAGUUUUUAGCAUCAGCAUUUCCAAAAUCCUGAUCGCCGGGUUCCCACAAUCACCUUUUCAGUUUGGCCGUAGAUCAGCGAAGUUCAAGAAACCCAGUUGGAAUCUACGGAGAAUGCCAAUUCGACCUUUCCGUUGUCUUCGCUUCUGGCGGAACCUUGAGCCUUCCUUUGGCCGGCACGUCUUCUCUCGUUGACGUCACUGUCACGGUUCCGGAAUUCUACUCCCAGUACCUGAAGAUGCGCUUCUCCGGCAGUCAUAUCCACUCUCCGGAUGGUCUGCCACUCGCUCUCUACUUCGUUUUAGUUCUCCCAACUGGCCCACGCAACCUUUUGCUCUAUAAAAGCGACGUUGUCAAGGUUUUUUUGAAUCAUUUUCUGUUUUUUUUUUCCUUGAAAUAUAAUAGCUUGAUACUAUGUUGUAUGAAACAUAAAAAGAAACAGUUCCUCUAAAUAGUUAUUUUAAAUCGAUUCAAUUAAUUAUUGGACAAUUUUUCAAGAGACAAAUGAAUGGUCUUGCUUUUUUUCAACUAGAUGGUUGUUUUUUUCAAGCUUGAAAAAAAUUUUUGAGUUUUUAAAAAUUCGGAAACCAGUUUUUUUCAUAUGAUGUCAUUAUUACUUGACUGUUAGGAGAGUAAAAAAAAUUUUCACAAAAAAAUGUUUUUUUCUUAUCAAAAUGCUUGUUUUUUUAUAAUCUUGUAUAUUCAUCCUCAUUUUGGAAAGUUCUUGGAGAAUAUUUUUUUAUGGGAAAAAUUUUUUUAGUUUUUCUUUUUGUCCGAAAGCUAAUGGGGAUAUCAAGCAUUUUUUUCGACUUUUUUGGUCAAAAGAUUUUUUUCCUCGCCUAUGUUGAAUAAUUUUUUCCCACUUCUAAAUUUUCCAAAAAGACCUUUUUUGUUUAGGACGACAAAAACCCUCAAUGGGCCGCUUUCAGUAUUCCUCUGUACAUACUCCAUUUUUACAACGAAUGUUCCAUUCAGUUGCGGGUUUUUAAUCAGAAUGUCAAUCAUCCCGAUUCCUAUGUUGGUUCGUUUUUUUUUUUGCUUUAUUUCAAGGGUGCAUGAAGGUCUCGAGGCGAAGAGUCGUUUUUAGUUAUACUUUUGGUUUUCGGACUUUUUUUAGACCUUUAAAAGCCCAUGAAUAGUUUAUAAUCAUUGAUGGGCAGACUAUCUUUCUAAGAAUUAUUUUUAUACCUUACUUUUAAUUUUUUUUUUUCAUUGGCAUAUCUCUCUCCCUGACGCAUUGAGUUCCUCUUGUUCAUGUAUUUUUGAAAAAGUAUAGUUCUUUUUUUUUCAGGAUAUAUCACGACAACUCUGACCCAAAUACAGCGGGGCGCUGGUACUUUCAACUCCUACAUGGUUAGUUUUCGAAUUUUCGAAAAGAAAAAAAAAAGUUUAAAAAGAGAUUGAUUUUUAGCUGAUGCACGACAAUGGACACCGGAUCGGCGAGAAAACAAGUGUAGAUUUGCGACUUUUAGAGCUUGAAAACGGGCCGACGAUAUUUGAGAUGUGGAGAAAUAAGUGGGUUUUCAAAGUUUACUGUUUUGAACACAUUUAUCAAAGCAAUUUUGUGAUAUUGUUUUUUUGAAAUUGGAAAAACUGAAAGGGAAUUAGUUUCAAUAAAUGAGGAUUGUAUCGCGAAAUUGCGCUUUCCAAAUUUUUGAUUUACUAACUUUUUCGAAAAACGAAAAAAGUGUUUAUCUUGUGAUAUAAUUACAUUGUAGUCAGAUAGAACUUUCACAAAUUGUGUCGCUCUUUUUCGGCUUCAAAAGAGCAGAAAAAUUAUUCGAAAGGAUAAAAAAAUCAAUCGAAAACUCACGCUAAAAGCUCUUCGAGAGGUUUAUAGUAAGUUUCUCCCUCUUUUUCCAUUUUUUUUUUUGAGAAAUUUCUUUCGUAAAGAGCCGUCCUGAAACUUGUAUUUUUGUCUUUCGGUCCGUUUUUUGACCAUUUUGCUCGUUUUGAAGAGAUUUUCUAAUGAUUUGUUUUGUUCACAAGGAAAAUGAGUCAAUGGAAAGACGGCACAAGAAAUUACACGAGAACUUUUUUAUUCUUCGGUUGAUCUUUUCAGAAUUUCUUAAUUGAGAAAGAAAAAAUGUCUUGUAAUAGAUCUAAUUUCCAAGUUAUGGGGCUUUCAAACAUCAAAAGAAAGUCUUUUACUAUUUUUUUUUUGCAGUUGAGGACUUAGAAACGAUGUAAAUCCAAAAAAAUAUUUCAUUUGAAACUUUUUCCGUUUUACCAGGAGACCCUAAAAGGAAGUUAAGCUAGUUUGAUCAAAUCUUCAGCCGGGGUUUCAAAAAUUUUCCUCGAUGAAUGAAAAAUAAAAUCUCAUUAUUUAAGGCCACAAUGAGCAUAAAAUAAUUUUCCAGCAGUUUUAGGAAAACCUUACAUGAUCCUCUGUGUAUGAAGUGAAAUUACAUCAUUCAGGACGAAUUUUCACGUGACGGCGGCGGUCGACUUCACGGCCUCGAAUGGAAGUAUCGUGGAGGAAUCUUCCCUUCACUAUAUCCAUCCUCAUAGGCCUUCGCCCUAUCUCAAGGCGAUCCUAGAUGUUAUUCCGCCUCUUCUGGCCUACAUGCCGAAUCCUAAUAGUCCUCGCAUCGGUACAAAAAAAUCAUCAGCUUUCAAUAAUUUUCAUUUUAGGAGCACUUGGAUUCGGAGCUCAGGUCAACGUUGGGAAUAAAGUUCAGCUCUCGAAUUGCUUUUUCUUGGUUUGUUUCCUUGCUGAUUUCAUGAUUUGAACUGUAAUUUAUCUACUAAAAAUAAUAAAAAUAGUUCCAAAAAUGGCAUUUUCGGAAGAACCGAUCGGAUACCUUCACAAGUUUAGAAUCUUCAAGUUUUUUUUUCACCCAAGUUGACUAAUAAGGAUAGCUCUAGAGAGUGUAUCGGAGCGCUAUUAGCGCAGCAGGUUGUGUGCCUGUUCUUAGUCCAAAAGGUCGUAAGUUCGAUUCCUGCCGGGACCCAACCAAGGAAUUUAAGAAAUUUUAGUAUUGGGAAACCGCUCAAGCGGUACGAAGGCGUGAAAAAAAGAAGAUUGAAGCGAUAUUUUCACGGUAGAUAUCCGUAACAAACAGAUAGUUCACUUUUUCCAUUAUCUUGUUACUCCUCGUGAUUUACAGAACUCCACAACGACGGAUCAUCAAGUUCUGGGCCUAAAUGGUUUACUGGAUGCCUACCGUCGGACGAGCAUGUCUGCCAAACUUUUUGGACCAACUGACUUUUCAGAAACCAUCUAUUUUGUUUCGAAGUUAGUUUUUCAUAUCAAAAAGAGGGAUUUGAAAUGUUGUUCCGGGCCUACAGGAUUGUAAUGUAUAUGCAGGUAAAGUUCAAACAAAAAGCUUGUAGAAUAAAAAACGGCAUUGAAAUUUCAACGUGAGACUUAGCAAGAGCCAUUUGAAAAUUUUAGAAAUUUUCAUAAUUUUUUGUUGAGAUAGCUUAAGAACUCUUUUUUUUCCAGUGCUGAGGUAGAAGUUCGUGAUAUGAUUCACGGCUAGCUUGAGGCGUUGAAAAAAGGUCCUGACACGAAGAAAAAGAGAUAAUGUUAGGUUGGCGCAGACAGGCCACGCCCCCUUAGCGUCCCAAACUAACCGUUAAUCAGCUUUAGACAUAUGACAAAAAACGACGAGCAGUUCUAAAUUUGUCAUUUUCCUAGUCUUCAACAAGUUUUCGAAGGAGUUUUCGGAAAAUAUUAUUUAUUAAACAAGGAUUUUCCCACUCAUCCACCAAUAAGUCAAAAAAAAUCGAUUAUUUAAGACAGCUCCGGACAUUUUUCAAAAUUAAAUAAAUGUCUAUAAAAUGAUUUUAAUUUUAAAUUAUCAAGCAAUAAAAUUCAGAUUCGCGAAGGCCGAGUCGAAAAAACGGCUCGGUCUGUACUUUGUUUUAUUGAUCCUCUCUGAUGGCGGUCCGGCCAAUCCGAAAAGAACUAUCGACGCGAUUGUCGACGCCUCGCCUCAUCCGAUGAGCAUAGUUGCUAUCGGAGUUGGAGAGGUUUUUCAGAAGAAAAAAAUCACAAAAAUUCAUACCCUCCUCCUCAGAAACGCAAUUUCGGACCAAUGAAAGCCCUGGAGUCUCCAGUUUUGAAACACUCGGACGGGCGUCCUUUGGCUCGACAGGUUAUCAAUGUAUACAGAGAGAAAUAAUGUACUUUCUUCGCAGAACUACAUUUUCGUCGAAAGCUCGAAUCUCCAGGACACCGACUCUUUAGGACUACUAACCCUGCAAGCCGUUCAGUGGAAACGGCAAUUCGAUUCUUCGCCUCUUUCAUUUUGA